AUGGGCGGCAGCGGAGGAGUUCGGCGUUUGCCGUGGCCGGCCGGCGAGAAACUCAAGGAAGGCGUCAAGACUGAGAACAACGAUCAUAUGAAUUUGAAGGUGGUGGGGCAGGAUGGUUCUGGGGUGCCGUUUAAGUCGAUUAAGAGGCAUACGCCACUUAGCAAACUAAUGAAAGCCUAUUUUGAACCACAGGACACACCUGCGCCGUUGGACAUGGAGGAUGGAGAUACAAUGGGUGUGUUCCAGCGGCAGACAGGAGGCGUCUUCUAAAAGGGAGCCUGCUCCUUUCCUCCAGAACUCUCUUCCUACCGACCAAGAAUCCGUUCUCUAUUAGAAAACCACAAUUUGGU